AUGAACAGGAACCAAUGUUUAAGAAAGAUUACACGUCGGUGGGUGCCACAUUUUUUAACUAAAGCUCAAAAGCAGGAUCGUGUUGAUUAUUGCCUGGAAAUGCUCGAAAAGUUCGAUGGCGGAAGAUCAAAACGUGUUUAUGACAUUAUUACUGGUGAUGAAAGCUGGUUUUACUAUUAUGAUCCAGAGACGAAGCGCCAAAGCCAAAUUUGGGUUGCAAGAAGUGAUCCUCACCCAACGAAAACAGUUACAGCUAAGUGGUAUACAGAUGAAUGUUCUUCAAAUGUUUUAAAACAAGUAGAGGAACGUCGACGUCUUAAUGAUCUUAUUAUUCACUAUGACAAUGCAUCAGCUCACAAGGCAACACAAACAAUGGAAUAUUUAAAUAUUCAACGUGUUAAAUUAAUGGGUCAUCCAGCGUGUUCACCAGACUUAAGUCCCUGCGACUUCUGGUUAUUUCCAAAAAUUAAAGAACAACUUCGUGGAAAACAUUUCCAGGAUAUUAAUGAACUUCAUGCUGCUGUCCAGGAGCAAAUGGACGGUCUUCGAAAAGAAGAUUUCUACCAAUGCUAUGAACAAUGGUUUGAAAGAAUGAAUAAGUGCAUUAGUGUACAAGGCAAGGCGGAAAAAGCUCACUUCGCCACUCCACGGAGUAAACCGCACUCCAUAGCACUCCGUACAAUGGUUCGGAGUGGCGAAAGAUAUAUAAAAGUGAAAAUUGAACGUUACACAACUUCUAUUUCGGUUGAAAGAAAAAUGUUGCAAUUUGAACAACUACCUCCCGAGAUAAUUUUAGACAUAUUUCUACGAUUAGAACCGUCAGCCCUUUAUCAUUCAUUUUUCAAUCAAAAUCAACAUCUGAAUAAUGUAAUUCGUCUUUGUUAUGCAAGAACUGAAUUAUGUUUUACUACAAAUAUCAUGUUCAAUUUUUAUUGUCAAAAGAUUCUUGUUCAUAUGUUCAAUCCUCAACGACAAAUUGUUUCGUUAAGUUUGACAAGCAAACACAAUCGUUUCAAAGAAUUUCAUUCGUUAUUUAAUCUUGAAGAAUUUACAAAUAUUAAACAAUUACGUCUCAUUAGUUUAUCAUCAAAUGAUGCUAAAAAACUGCUAGAUAUUUUACCAAAACUACGGCGUAGCUUGACAACAUUGAAAAUUUUAUUUUCAGUCCGCCAACAAGGGUUUUAUGCGCAAAAAUUAUGCGAAAUGGUAUUAUGUAGUCAAACAAUGUCAGUAUUAAAAAGAUGUGUUUUAACAUUUUAUGAUUUUAUUCGAAAACUUGAUAAAAUUUCAACAUCAAAUAUUGAAUAUUUAGAAAUUGGUAAUAUAUUAAUUCAAGACUUAAUGCGAUUAUUUCAAUAUCUGCCAAAACUAAGACGUUUAGCUGCUCAUUCAGAGACACAUUUUCGUCAUUAUCCAGUGUCUUCCGAGUAUUUAAUACCAGUUGUAUUUUUACCAACAUUGACACAUUUAAAAUUAAAUUAUUUUGUUCCUCUGUCGAAUAUUGAAACCUUGCUAAAAUGCAUUCCAAAUUUAAAAUAUUUAAAAAUGACAUUAUACGAUAGAGAACUUGUCAGUGGUUUAAGGUGGGAACAAAUGAUAAAUCAAUAUUUACCAUUAUUGCGUCGGUUCAUAUUAAGACUUACAGUACUUAACUAUCAACAAGAAACAUUACUCGAUAUAAACCAUAUAAUCGAAACAUAUAAAACACAAUUUUGGCUCGAUCAUAAAUGGUACAUUGGAAUCGACUUAGGUGAGAUUCACGAUUUAACUGCAUGA